CCUCAGAAGAGUUGGAGCCGGUUUUGACCAGCCCGCUCUCUCUCUCUCUUUCUCUCUAUUCAGGAAAUGUGGAAAUUCCUGAAGGCAUUUUACUUUUGAUUUCUUGUGUGGACCUAAACAUGAAUGCAGAGGCUCUGGUGAACUCCAUCUUCGCUUCUUUACUUCUGAUUUUACUCUUGGUCAUUGAAGAAAGUUUACUGCAGUCACUAGGGCAGGUGGGUGACAAAUGUAAACUUUCCACCGAUGCCUCUCUGAAAAGAUGCCGUACGAGCGAUGGCCUGAUCUGCAGUGGAAGAGGAAAGUGUGAGUGUGGGGUCUGUAUUUGCCAAGUCAGUGACCCGAAGAUGUAUUAUGGGCCACGGUGUGAAUGCCAUGACUGGGUCUGUGCAACACAUGAUGGGAAGACCUGUGGUGGUCAUGGAACAUGUGACUGCGGUAAGUGCAUCUGUGAUGAUGAGUGGUUUGGAGAAGCCUGUCAGUACCAGGAGAAUUGCAAGCUGUCCCAGCAAAAAAGCAAAGACCUUUGCCGCAACGCUCAGGGACUGGUGUGCUCCAAAGCAGGAACAUGCCACUGCGGCAGCUGCAUUUGCAACAAUCCCGAUGGUAAAAGUCUCAUCAGUGGCACCCACUGCGAGUGUGAUGACAACCAGUGCCUAGAUGAGGAUUCAGGGGAGGUUUGUGGAGGCCAUGGAAUGUGUUACUGUGGAAACUGUUACUGCUCGGCUGGUUGGCAUGGAGAUAAAUGCGAAUUCCAGUGUGACAUUAGCCCAUGGGAAAGCAGGCGGAGAUGCACGUCUCCAGAUGGCAAAAUCUGCAGCAACCGAGGGACAUGUGUAUGUGGAGAAUGUACCUGCUAUGAUGUAGAUCCAUCAGGGGACUGGGGUGACAUCCACGGAGACACAUGCGAGUGUGAUGAGAGGAGCUGCCAGGCCACAUAUGACAGAUACUCCGAUAAGUUCUGCUUUGGCAAUGGACAAUGUCACUGUGGGAGGUGUGAGUGCAAAGAGGGCUGGACAGGCAAGAAGUGUGAGCAUCCUCUAUCCUGUUCACUCUCAAUGGAAACCAGUGAGAAGAAGUGCAGAGGGCGCUCCGAACGGCCCUGUCAUGGCAGAGGCCAGUGCGUCUGUGGACAGUGCAUGUGCUAUCCUCCAGGAGACAGUCGUGUUCAUGGCAAAAACUGUGAGUGUGAUGACCGCCAGUGUGAGGACGUGAACAAAGACAUCUGUGGUGGCCAUGGCUUUUGCUCCUGUGGCCGCUGUAUUUGUAAUGGUCAAUUUUUUGGAAGUCACUGCCAGUUCCCCCGUAACUGUAACAUGACUAUUGAACAGAGCAAGAACUUGUGUGAGACAGCCCAUGGUGUCACAUGCUCCGGAAAAGGCUCUUGCCACUGUGGGAAGUGCAUCUGUACACCAAAUGAAUGGUAUAUUUCAGGCGAUUUCUGUGAAUGUGAUGACAGGAAAUGUGACCAGCAUGAUGGCUUGAUCUGUACAGGAAAUGGCGUUUGCAACUGCGGGACCUGUGAGUGCUGGGACGGCUGGACAGGGAACGCCUGUGAAAUCUGGAUGGCAGAAGAGUACUAACAUUUUCUAAAGACUUUCUGUUCACCUGAAAAAAGGCUGCUCAAAAGGAUUCGGUGCUAGUAUGAAAACAGAUGCACUCUGAACCUGCUUGUUGUAUAUAACAGUAUUCAUUGUACUGGUUACAAAUCUGCUUUAUUAAAACUUUUUUUUUUUUGGA